AAUAGCUCAAUGUCCCCCGGGCGUUUUUCAACCCAAAUCAUUAAAGAAACCACCAACGGUCCUCAGAGCGAAUUUGACUGGAGAGUCCAGCUCUACGACUUUGACCUGAAAAAAAAUCCAACACUUUUUUCUUCUGGUUGAAGGAAGGUGGGCCUGAAAACAUAGGGGCAACGAAAGGGAAGUUGAUGUCGUCCGCCUACUUCUACAUCACCGAUGCGCCUCUUCCGAAGUCACAAUCCUCGCCAACCACCACCAGCUCCUCCUCCUCCUCCUCUUCAGCCGACUCUUCUUCAUCCUUCUCUUCCUCCGACACCACGUCGUCCUCGCUGCAAACCGAGCUCUCCAGUAUACUCCCCCCUGAAUUUUCGGCUUCGAGUCCGACAGAGACAGACAGUUCAUCGACAUCUGCAGCCACCCAAGACCAAGAAGAAAGAGCUACCGGCGGUGCGGGUAGUGAGAGCUCUGGAGGAGGAGGAGAAGGAGGAAGAGAUCUCCCGGUUGCCGCCCAGGUAGGAAUUGGCGUUGGCGUUUCUAUUUUCGGGCUCACGGUCAUUGUUUGCGGCAUCUUGUGGUUCCGGUACCUGAGGAAACAACAAAAGGUGCUUGUCGAGCUCCAGCAGCGAGUCUCCUCUCAGCCUCCUGACGGUGCCGCCAUGUGGAAAAUGCAGCAGUACCCAUUCGGGCUGGCUGCACCCGACCACUACCUCCGCACCGAGCUGAGUGGCAGUCUCGGUCCCCCUCGCGCGGAACUCAGCUAGUGCCCACAGAGUCGGGCUACCGAGGCCGGCAAAUGGAGGUCCACCGAGUCCGGGGAUGGAUUUUGCGAUUUUGCAAAGUUCCCCAAACUGGAGUGCUCAAACGGCAGUGCUCAACCGUACUUUGGGCGUCCGUGUCACUAGUAUUUGUACAUACUUAGACAUACCACUUUUCGUUUCGAGCCCCC